UCUUACUUUGCUUGAUAACAUUUAAAAAAAUUGAAAUCAAAACAGGAAAACCGGCUUUAUAUUAUACUAAGUAUAAAUGUAUUCAUGCAAUGAAAAACAUUCUUAUGGAAUUCCCAAAACCGCCAUUAUUGAUAUACGUAAAAGUUUCUUCUGUAAAUUUUACCAGGUAUUUUCCUAUUCAUGAGCUUAGUUCCUUUGCAAAUUUGUGAAAUAUUCAUUAAUUAGUGAACAAAUAGUACUAAAUGUCUGAAGAUAUUAAAAUGAAAGCUCUUUUCGUUUGUCUUGGUAAUAGUUGUCGAUCACCGAUAGCAGAAGCUGUGUUUCAAAACACAGUAAAUAAGAUGGCUAACGGACAUCUGUGGGAGAUAGACAGUGCUGGGUUAGCUGAUUGGAAUGUUGGUUAUUCCCCUACCGAUAGAGUAUUGAACACAAUGAGAAAACAUGGACUACGAUAUAAUAAUGUUGGAAGGCAGAUAAACAAGGAAGAUUUCAACCACUUUAAUUUUAUAUUUGGAAUGGAUGAAAUCAAUAUAAGAGAUCUAAAAAGUAUGGCACCUGAAAAUUGCAAGGCGAAAGUACUACUACUUGGGGACUUUGAUCCGGAGGGUGAGAGAAUUAUAAGGGAUCCUUAUUUUGAUAACCACGAUAGAGGCUUCGAGAAAUGUUAUGAACAGGCCGUCAGGUGUUCGAAAGGAUUUUUAGAACAACUGGAGAAAGGAAAUGUUGAAUAGUUUAUUAAGCUGUUAUUGUGAAUUUCAAUUUCGAAAAAUAAAUGAAUUUGCACUCGUA